AAUAUAUUGAAAAAAUUUCUAGAGUAAUUAUUGAGAGAAUUCGCACUUAUGCGAAAUCUCAGAACUAUAAAAUUCAAGCUAUUGGACUUGGUGCUCACAUAAAACCGAGAGGCAAAAUAAAUGGAAAGAAUAUUAAUACAUUGUUGUUUGAAGCACCAAGCCUAGCAUCUAAGUUGUGGCUGGAACUUGAUAUUUUGCCAUUUAUUUUUGGUACAAGAGGAAAAAACGUUGAUGAACGAGCCAUUGAAGUCGACUUAAACGGAAUUGUGAAACUAGUGGAUCUAGAACAUUAUGAAAAUACCGUGUGCCCAGAAACUUGGAAAAUUUUAUUAAAAAUUGUUGAUCAAUUAAAAACCAAAAAAGCCGGAAAUUUUCGACAUUACGAAGAGGAAAUUUCACAACAUUUUGCAGGGCCUUCUGACGCGCGUUUGACACAAGAUGAUAAAGAUGCAUUUAUAAAUUGGUCAGAUAACAACGUUGAACGUUUCUGGUGCGAUGAAGAAGGGCCAAUUAAAACAAGUGACGUUAUUAUUAUUGACGAUCCGCAAGAUCCAUUAGAUGGGUUGAACAAAGAUCUGAAUCAAUCGGAUCUGAAUUAUUAUAAAUCGGUUUAUAAUAGAUUAUCUAUCGACCAAUGUGGUGUUGAAAUUGAUUUCAAUAGGCCUUAUGUUGUUCAAAUUGCAAGAUUCGAUCCUAGUAAAGGCAUUCCACUUGUAAUUGAAUCAUUCAAGAUUUUCCGUGACAAACUUAAAAGAGAGGGCUGGUCUCCUGAAAAAAUGCCAUCACUAAUAAUUUGUGGAGCUAGUAGCAUUGAUGAUCCGGAUGGUAGCCCAAUUUAUGAUCAAACUUGCUUGACAUUACAGAGAUCAGAAUAUGCUGAUAUUGCGGAUGACGUUUCUGUUGUUCGUCUUCCGGCGUGUGAUCAAAUAUUUAAUACCAUGUUAAGGUGUGCUCACGUCGUGUUGCAGCUUAGUGGUAUUCCGCUUCAAAUCAAGCAUGAAGAAACUGGAUUUCUUGUUAAUAUUGGCGAUACAGCUCAAGUUGCUGAUUAUUUAGUUACACUAUUUACAAAUGAUAAAUUAUAUCAAAAGAUGUCUUCUUUAGCAAAAUCAACAGUAAAUGAACAAUAUUUUACAGUUUCUCAAACAUUGAAUUGGUUAUAUUUGAUUGACCGAUUUGCAUCUAUAAGAAAGAAAA